AUGGUGUUAUCAGAAAAAGUGAACCAGCUAAUGGAGUGGGCUAGUAAAAGAUCCGUUAUUCGAAUGAAUGGAGACAAAUUUCGACGCCUUGUGAAGGCACCACCUAGAAAUUACUCGGUGAUUGUGAUGUUCACUGCUCUUCAGCCUCACAGACAGUGUGUUGUGUGCAAGCAAGCUGAUGAGGAAUACCAGAUUCUGGCAAACUCCUGGCGAUAUUCCAGUGCAUUUACCAAUAAGAUUUUUUUUGCUAUGGUAGAUUUUGAUGAAGGCUCAGAUGUAUUUCAGAUGCUAAACAUGAAUUCUGCUCCAACCUUCAUUAACUUUCCUGCUAAAGGCAAGCCUAAACGGGGUGACACAUAUGAACUUCAGGUGCGUGGCUUUGCAGCUGAACAGCUUGCUCGUUGGGUGGCUGACAGAACUGAUGUCAAUAUUCGUGUGAUAAGGCCACCAAACUAUGCUGGACCAUUGAUGUUAGGACUGCUGCUGGCUGUCAUCGGAGGCCUCGUAUAUUUGCGUGGAAGCAAUCUGGAUUUUCUGUAUAACAAAACUGGCUGGGCAUUUGCUGCUUUGUGUUUUGUGUUAGCAAUGACAUCAGGCCAGAUGUGGAAUCAUAUUAGAGGUCCACCCUAUGCUCAUAAGAAUCCCCAUACAGGACAAGUGAACUAUAUCCAUGGAAGCAGCCAAGCCCAAUUUGUGGCAGAAACACACAUUGUUCUUCUGUUUAAUGGUGGUGUUACUUUAGGAAUGGUACUCCUCCAUGAAGCUGCUACUUCUGACAUGGAUGUGGGGAAAAGAAAAAUCAUGUGUAUUGCUGGUAUUGGCUUGGUGGUGGUGUUCUUCAGCUGGUUGCUGUCUGUCUUCAGAUCUAAAUACCAUGGCUACCCAUACAGUUUCCUAAUGAGUUAAAGGAUUCCAGAAUCUGUAACAUCAGAAAGGUGGAGACUCUGAAAUUGCGUGUUAUGGAAUGGAAGAGCUAAAUAUGUAUGGUUCAUGCUACCUCUCUUUACACUGAAUGAGAUAGUUAAACACUGAACCAAAGACGACAUGCAGUGCCUUAAAUAUAACAAGCAAUUUGCUCUGAAGGACACAGAGCAUUAAGAUGCAAUCUCUUUUUCAUAAGCUUUACAUCUUCUUAAACAACUCACUUCUAGUGAAAUUCAGAACUUAAUGCUUAGAACUACAUUUCCAUAGACUAACUAGAAACAGUACUUUAAAUUCAGUUGGAUAAUCUGUUCUCCAUAUGUUUCUUUUUCCCUCAAAUAUUUAUCACUUUAUUUCCUAUUUGUGCAUAGCAGGUGACGAUAGCUUCUCUGUCAUGCCAUGGUUGAGAAAACAUCUUCAUGUACCUGGAAAUCUUUUCCUUCAGUCUGUGCGUGACCCUUGGACCAUACUCCAAAUUCCGGUGUGGAAUGUGCAUAUCCUAAACCUGUAUCUCAUUUUUAAGAAGAGUACUUAACUGCUGUAUGAUGCAAGAGGUUGUUUCACAGAUGAAGGGAGAAUUUUCAACAGUUAG